AUGGUUAAUAAGAUGGAAUAUUUUAAACCAAUAAUAUUAGCACUGCUUAUAUGUGUAGUCAGCGGGGUAGCAGUGAUACCCGAAAUGGUAGAAUUAGUAAUUGGUCAACCAUUUCACUACGCAUUUCAAAUUAAUUCAAAUGUAUUGGAUAUCCAGGAUGCAUCUGGCGAGGAACUACCAGCAUGAAUUUUGGAAGGUAUACCACAGCCUGCUGAUGUUGGAAAAAUAUUUUUACGGAUAACAAGUGAUCAGACUAACGAUGUAAUGGAAAUUUCUGUCAAGGAAGAAAUCAUAAAUCCAUGUGGUGCCGAAAGGAAUACAUUGUGGAUGGAAAUUGCAUUUGAUACUUCGCUUAGCAGUCUGAAUAUAACUGAUCAGUUGCAUCUUGUUAAUGUUGUCGCAAAAUUUUUUAACAUUAAUAGUUCUUUGCUUCGUGUUUAUUCAAAUAAAUACAAGGGAGAAGUAAGACGCUCAGAAGUCGUGGAAUCCGGUAUGCAGCAUAAGCCGAACAGUGAUUCAAUGACAAUUCUAUGGAAAGUUUCCUGCGAAGAAAUUGAUGAGGAUGCUAUUGAUGUUUUAGAAAGGAUGCUCAUGUUCGAUGAAAGUGAUGCUUUGGCAAUAUCACGACAAAAACUGUUUGGUUGGGAGCUGAGAAAAGGAACUUUAUUGUCGCGGAAACAACGUAACCAUAUUUCUGGAACCGAUGUCUUAUCUCAGCUUUCUGGUUUUGCUACCAAUGAACCAUAUGUUAAUUUUGAAGCGACAACUUCUAAAACCACAACACGUUCCUCGCGCUCUACAAAAAAAGAUGACAGACCUCCAGUUCGGUUGCAUUCACUUCAAGCUUUUACUUGCAGAAGAGGUAUGAUGUGCGAGUAUAUCAUUCCAAGGGAAACAUUCAUUGAUGCGGAAGAUGGAGAUACGCGUUCGCUUGCUUUAUCAGUUUAUCCAAUUGUUGCCGAUAAUAAUUGGCUUACGUUAGACAGAAAAAAUAAGCUGAUGACAUCUGCACCUUUUCGAGCAACUGUUAUUCCAGAACCACCGACUAAUCACUUAUUUAUUCUUGAUGUUGAUCACAGUUUUGAACGUUUGGCGAAGGAUCCAGAUAUUUUAUACGCAUUUGCGGAAAAGUUGGCUAAUUCGUUAGGGGAUCGGUUUCCAAAAAAUUUAGUUAUUAGGAAAAUUGAGGCAGUUGAUAGUGUAAGGCGUCAGUCCCGUGUCAUCUUUUCAAAUGCUUCUUUGUCAUACAAAUAUUGCCAAAAAAAAUCAAUUGAUGCAAUUAAGCAUGUUAUGCUAACUAGAAGACGGGAUCGUAUCCGAGCCGAAUUUGUUCGAGCAAUGGAUAGUCGAUUCCAUGUGCGGAAUGUGAAAUUAGAGUUGCUAGGAUCUUGUAUCGAUGAAUCAUCAGCAUCUCGUCUGCCGGCAAAUGUUUCGUUAUCUACAACCACUGAUACUUCGGAUCAUGAUGUUUCAUCUGUUCAACUGUGGUUACCAGUUGCCCUUAUUGCAUUUUUUAAAUUCUUCUUGGCUACACUGGCAUUAAUUUGCUGCUUGAUAAAACGAAAAAAAGCGAAAACAGUUCAAUCGGAGUACAUUUCAAAAGGUUUGCCCGUAGUAUUUCCGGAAGAAAUCCCGCAAGAAGAUGAAGCAUCAACAGUAUCGACACCAAUGCUAGUUAAGGAAGAACGUCCACCAUUAAUCAUUUCUCAGCAUGAGAAUCCUCUUUACAAACCACCUCCUCCGCUUUCUACUGCAUCAAGUCCGCGACCUCGAAAUGCAUUCACGAACCAGAGACAACCUCCACCUUAUGUUCCACCAUAA